AUGCGAUUUUUUGUUACUAAUACUGCAUAUUCCUUAAAUACUUAUAAUGAAGCAAGCAAUUUAAAACGACAGAUUAUUCUUUGUUCUAAAGAUAAUGUAAUCAAAAAAAUCCAAGCAACACAUUUAAAAUUAGAAAAUGAUGAGUUGCAAAAAAAUUCAUUCGAAUUAAAUGAUUUGGUGAUCAAAAAUUUUGAAAUCGAUUCUGAUGAAUUUACUGUAUAUUUGUUUG